GCGGGAAACAAACACGAGUGCACGGGCAGUCAAAACAAACUUACAUAGAUUUUUCCUCACGGACAUUACUGCACUGUUUAGCCUAUUCACAAGUCAAAGCACUGGUCCAAAAUGUCAAAGAUAGAAAAGAUGAGUAUUCUUGGUGUGAGGAGUUUUGGAGUGGAAGAUAAAGACAAACAAGUGAUAUCAUUCUUCAGUCCUCUGACAGUCCUGGUGGGACCUAAUGGAGCUGGAAAGACGACCAUCAUCGAGUGUCUCAAGUACAUCACUUCAGGAGACUUUCCCCCAGGAAGCAAAGGAAACACUUUUGUCCAUGAUCCCAAAGAUGCCCAUGAGACGGACGUGCGAGCGCAAAUCAGACUCCAGUUUCGAGAUGUAAAUGGUGAUGCCAUAGCUGUCCAGAGAUCCAUGCAAAGUACACAGAAGGGCAAGAAAACUGAGUUCAAAACUCUUGAGGGUGUCAUUACCAGAAUCAAGCACGGGGAGAAAGUAAGUCUGAGCUCUAAAUGUGCUGAAAUAGACCGCGAGAUGAUUUCAGCGCUGGGCGUCUCUAAAGCCGUUCUCAACCACGUCAUCUUCUGUCACCAAGAGGAGUCCAACUGGCCUUUGAGUGAAGGCAAAGCCCUCAAGCAGAAGUUUGAUGAGAUCUUCUCAGCCACGAGGUACAUCAAAGUAUUAGAGACCCUGCGGCAGCUGAGGUUGAAACAGGCAACCACAGUUAAAUCCUGUCAGCUGGAACUCAAAUAUCUCAAACAGAACAAAGAUAAGGCUCAGGAGAUCAGAGAGCUGCUGUCCACUAAAGAGGGUCAGCUGGCUUCCUCCAAAGAGACUGUCCAGCGCAUUGAAAGUCAGAUUGACCCGCUGGAGAAUCGACUUAAUGACAUAGAUGACAGCCUCAACAAAGUGAUGAAGUUGGACAAUGACAUCAAAGCUCUUGACAGCAGGAAGAAACAGAUGGAAGAUGAUAACCGUGAACUAGAGGAAAAGAUGGAGCAGGUGUUUCAAGGUUCUGAUGAGCAACUUCAGGAAAUGUAUCAGAACCAUCAGCGUACUGUGAAGGAGAAGGAGCGGAAGCUAGUGGAGUGCCAGCGUGAGCUAGAGCGAGCUGGACGAGAGUGUCAAAGAAUGAACCGCAUCAAAUCCGACCUCCUUGUUGAGCAAGGUCGCCUAAAAUUGGAGGCAGAAAGGCACACAAAUAACAUAAAAAAGAGGGACAGCCAGGUGAAGAAUUUGGCAUCUUUCCUGGAGCUGGAGGGCUAUGAUCGGACCCCUCUUAGAGAAGGACAGCUCCAGAGCUUCAACACACAGGUCAAAGAAAGACUGGAUCAGGACACAGAAGCUCUCAACCAAAGCUUGCGUGAUAUGCAAGAGAAGGAGGCACAGAAGCAGCGAAACAUAGAUGAUAUUCGUGAUAAGAAGACAGGCCUGGAGAGAACUGUUGAGCUGAAGAGAGACAUGCAGGCCAAGAAACAGCAGGAACUGAAGAACAUCAAGUCUGAUCUGCAGAGACUGGAGGGCUCAUCUAGCAGACUGCAGGAGCUGGAAACUGAGCUUCAGAAAGCGGAGCGUGAGCUUGAUAACGCCAUGCAGGCGUAUACAGUGGACAGUCUGAAGGCUGAAGUGAUUGAACUACAAAGGGAGAAAACUGAACUGGAUCAGGCCCAGCGCAAACUGGAUCAGGAGAUGGAAGCGCUCAACACGCACACCACAGCUCGUACACAGAUGGACAUGUUGAAGAAGGAUAAGAUGGAUAAAGAAGAGCAAGUGAGGAAGAUCAAGUCAAGACACAAUGAAGAUCUAGUGUCUCUGUUAGGACACUUUCCAAACAAGAGACAGCUGGAAGACUGGAUCCACACGAAAUCCAGAGAGAUUAACACUACUAGAGAUCGGCUCAGCAAACUAAACAAAGAACUGGCGUCUGGAGAACAGAAGAGGAGUCAUUACACGGCAGAGAUCAAGCGUAAGGAAGAACAGCUGAGCAGCUAUGAGGAGAGGCUGUUUAAUGUGUGUGGAAGUCAAGACUUUGAGUCAGACCUCGGCAGACUGCAGGAUGAUCUCGAGAAAUGCUCCAAACAGAGAGCCAUGCUGGCGGGCGCCACAGCUGUGUACAGUCAGUUCAUCAGUCAGCUGACGGAGGAGGGCGAACCGUGCUGUCCCGUGUGUCAGCGCGUCUUCCCAUCAGAGGCCGAGCACCAGGACGUCGUCAACGACAUGCAGUCCAAACUGCGGCUUGUCCCAGACAAGCUGAAGAACACAGAACAGGACCUGAAGAGGAAAGAGCACAGACGGGAUGAAAUGAUGGCACUAAAGCCAAUCAGACAGUCUAUCAUGGAGCUUCAGGAGAAAGAGCUGCCCGAGCUCAGGAAUAAACUCCAGAGUUCGAAUCGCGACAUCGAGAGGCUGAAAGGAGACAUUGAGGAGCUGGAGACACUGCUGUCAACACUCACGUCUGAGGAAGACACAGCCAAAGCCUGUCUGCAAGACAUCUCGCUCAUGGAUCGCUACCAGCAUGACCUGAAGGACGUGGAGAGGAAGAUCGCCCAGCAUGCGGCCAGACUGCAGGGAGUUGACCUCAGUCGCAACAUGCAGCAGGUCAGCCAGGAGAAACAAGAGACCCAACACCGCCUGGACACAACCUGCAGUAAGAUCGAGCUUAAGAGGAAACUGAUCCAGGACCAGCAGGAGCAGAUCCAGGUCUUGAAGAGCAGAGUCAACGAGAUCCGCGGAGAGAAGCUUCAGAUCUCCAGCGACAUGCAGAAACGUCAGCAGCUGGAAGAGCAGUGCGUGGAGUUCACCACCGAGAUCCAGACGCUCCAUCGAGACAUCCGGGAGGCGAAGGAUCAGUUGUCUCCUCUAGCUGCUUCUCUGGAGAAACUCCAGCAGGACAAACAGGACCUCGCUGAACGGAGGAGGCACAGACAAGAGGAAGGCCAGGAGAAGAUAAACGCGAUUAAGGAGAAAGUAAAAAACCUGACUCUAAUCGAAAGAGAGAUCACAAGGUACAUCGAAGAGGGCAAAGACAGCUAUAAAGAGGAAAAAGAAACCGAGCUACAAGAGGUGGACAAACAGCUGCAUGCGGCGGAGAAACAACGAGAGAAGAUUAAUAAAGACAUGGGCAACUUUCGCCAAGACAUUGACACUCAGAAGGUUCAGGAGCGCUGGCUCCAGGAUAACCUGACCUUACGGAAACGGGUGGAAGAGCUGAAGGAGGUGUCCAGGAAACGUGACGUUUUGCUCAAGGAGAUGGGCAACAUGCAGGUCCUGCAACUGCGCAACGAGCGUCGAGAAGUGGACCGAAAGUUAGAGGAACUGAAAAAGAACCGCAGCGUGGCUCUCGGUCGACAGAAGGGCUACGAGGACGAGAUCCUGCGUUUCCGCAAGGAGCUCAACGAGAACCAAUACUGCCGAGCCGAGGAUAUCUACAGAGACAAAAUGAUAGAGAUGAGAACGACAGAGCUGGCCAAUAAGGACCUGGAUAUUUACUACAAAGCCCUAGACCAAACAAUCAUGAGGUUUCACAGCAUGAAGAUGGAGGAGAUUAAUAAAAUCAUCAGAGAUUUGUGGAGGAGCACAUACAGAGGACAAGACAUAGAGUAUGUGGAAAUCCGCUCUGAUGUGGAUGAGAACGCAUCUGCUGGCGUCAAAAGACGGACGUAUAAUUAUAGAGUGGUCAUGGUGAAAGGAGACGCAGCUUUGGACAUGCGAGGACGCUGCAGUGCUGGACAAAAGGUUCUUGCGUCCCUCAUAAUUCGACUGGCUUUGGCUGAGACGUUCUGUCUGAACUGUGGGAUUCUGGCACUGGAUGAGCCCACCACCAAUUUAGACAGAGAGAAUAUUGAGUCUUUGGCACACGCCCUUGUGGAGAUCAUCAAGAGCCGAUCUCGCCAGCGUAACUUCCAGCUGCUGGUUAUCACUCAUGAUGAAGACUUUGUGGAGCUCAUGGGACGAUCCAACUAUGUGGAGUAUUUCUACAGGAUCAAGAAGAACCAGGAUCAGUGCUCGGAGAUUACAAAAUGUAGCAUCACCACUCUUAACUCAUACCUGCGGUGAAACCUCAUUUCAUGCAGAAGACAUCUUUGGCUGACAUGGGCAUGCCAAUGUUUUGGACAGUUUUUCAUGCACAAAGCUUCGGCAAUAUUGAGGAGCGUGCAGCAUACAGAUCGACUAGUGUUAGCUAAUGUUUGCAUUCUUGUUGUAUAGUUUGUACACCUGAAAUGGCGAAUAAAAAACGCUUUUCUGAAA